AUGGCUAGGGCUCCAAGCAAGCACGGCCGCGACCAAGCUCUGGAUUUCCAGGGGUUUUUGAGUGACUUGCAGGACUGGGAGCUUUCGCUCAAGGACAAGGACAAGAAAAUGAGGCCACAACAACCCAACAAGGAAGCUCCGAAAUCAAGAGAUUUUGGAACUAGUUCCUACUCGACAAAUUAUGAACCAAUGAAUACAGUAUCAAGUAGUUUCACUUCUGAAGAUGGUCUUCCAGAUGCUGCUUCGGAAAAGGACUUGGGUAAUGAGUAUUUUAAGCAGAAGAAGUUUAAGGAAGCUAUUGACUGCUAUUCAAGAAGCAUUGCCUUAACUCCAACAGCGGUAGCUUUUGCAAAUAGGGCAAUGUCAUAUAUCAAAAUCAAAAGAUUCCAGGAAGCUGAGAAUGACUGUACAGAGGCCUUGAAUUUGGAUGAUCGCUAUAUAAAAGCAUACUCACGACGUGCAACAGCUAGAAAAGAACUAGGAAAACUUAAAGAAUCUAUUGAGGAUGCAGAGUUUGCUCUGAGGUUGGAGCCACACAACCAAGAAAUCAAGAAACAGUAUGCUGAGGCCAAAUCUUUGUAUGAGAAAGGAAUUCUUCAGAAGGUAUCUGGAGCGAUAAAAAUCUCUGAACAAGACAAGCAGAAAGUGGAGAAGUCGGGUACCACAGUGAAUGGACACAGCAUCCAGCCUGUCUCUAGUACUACUCAAAGGACAGAAACGACUGCAGUUGGAGAUCACACUAAGAAAAUUAACACAAAUGGGAAGCAAGCGUCAAAGUUAUCAGUACAAGAACUUGCUUCUCGAGCUGCUUCACGAGCCAAGGCUCUAGCUGCAGAAAACAUCACACCACCAAGUUCAGCUUAUCAAUUUGAGGCUUCUUGGAGAGGACUCUCUGGAGAUCGUGCUCUUCAGGCUAAAUUGUUGAAGGCUAUAUCUCCCAGUGCACUGCCGCAGAUAUUCAAAAAUGCUUUGACUGUUCACAUACUAGUUGAUAUUCUCAAGUGUGUGACAACCUUUUUUAUUGACGAAAUGGAUUUGGCCGUCAGUGUUUUGGAGAACUUAACUAAGGUUCCUAGAUUUGACACACUCAUCAUGUUUCUAUCAUCCAACGACAAGGCUGAUCUUGCUAAGAUAUGGGAUGAAGUGUUUUACAAUGAAGCAACCCCCAUUGAGUUUGCUGAAAAGCUUGAUAACCUGCGUGCAAAGUACUGCCUCAAGCGAUGAUGAGAUGCAUUGUAAAACAGAUGACCCGAGCCAUCAAAUUUUUGCCUUCACUCUACCUGUACUGUGAAUUGAAGUGAUGAAAUUUAGUAAUGCUACAGCAGGGAGGACUCUUAUUUGUGAGUGUAUUCAAAGAGGCCAGUAGUGAGCACUCGGUGGUUCUUGUUUCACUUGAAACCUAGUUAUGGUGGAAAUUGAAACUUGUGGGAGUGGCAUAUGAU